AGUGUCCCACGCAAAGCUCAAUGAGCGCCUAUGGCAAGAUCUGAAAAGAUUUAUGCGGUUUCUCGCUGCAGUAUGGUGACAAUCGGGAGCACCCCCCGUGGCUAUAAAUGCUCUCUUUAAUAGUCCUUGCAUGCGCAGUCGUCGACGCUUUGCUGUGACUCUACGCUGAAUUAGUCCGCAUCGUUUGCAGACAUCCUCUCUCGCGAGUGGGCAGGGACCUCAGAGAUUCCACUGGAUUGAACAUCAUGACAGAUGCAAUGACAGGCACAAGGGGUAUCCAUUCACAGUCUGGGCCUGGCCCUGGUCCAGAGCUGACUGAUGAGGAGAAAGAGAUUAUUAACUCUGUAAUUGCUCGAGCUGAGAAGAUGGAAGCCAUGGAGCAGGAAAGAAUUGGGCGUCUGAUGAAUCGUCUGGAUAAUAUGAAGAAGACUGUGUGUGGAGAUGGGGUGUCUCGCUGCUUGUUGUGUGGGGAGCAGCUAGGUUCUCUUGGGAAGUCUGUAGUCUGUGAAGACUGUAAAAAGAACAUGUGCACCAAGUGUGGCGUGCAAAAUAACAGCCGUCCACGGUCUGUAUGGCUCUGCAAGAUCUGUAAUGAACAGCGAGAGGUAUGGAAGCGAUCUGGGGCUUGGUUCUUUAAGGGCCUACCUAAGCAGUUUCUACCUUCACCUAUGCCCAUUUCCAAAUCCAAAGAGCCUAAUUUCCAGAAGGCCGCUGAGAACCAGGCUACACUUGAUGCAUCUGUAGCUGCUGCCCAGCCAAAACCACAGGCUAAUAAUCUGGUGGAGAGUCAGGCAGCUUGUCCAGAAAUGCAGCCAGCAGGACGUCCACCUGUCGCUCCAAAACCAGCUGUGGCUCCAAAGCCGACCAGCAUUGCCGGUGCCUGUUACUCAGAGGCAGAUGGUCCUGUUGUGAUGAAAAAGGCAAUUGCAGUACAUAGCUCCAGACCACCCCCAUCAGCUGCAGCGCUGAAAAACCACCAGACUACUGCUCUCCAGGAACCAGAGAGAGGAGCCUACCUGACCACUGGGUUCCUGGACAGAGUACCUCCUGCAGAGAGGGAGGAAAGGAAACAGUCAGCCUCCUACAAUACCCCACCAGCCCGUCAUCAGGCUCCUCCACCAGAGGAGUAUGAGGAUGAGGCCAACAGCUAUGACUCUGAUGAAACCACGACUCUGGGAGCACUUGAGUUCAGCUUGCUGUACGAACAAGAGAAUAACAGUCUCCACUGCAACAUUAUCAGAGCUAAGGGCCUGAAGCCAAUGGAUUCCAAUGGACUAGCUGAUCCCUAUGUCAAGCUGCAUCUGCUACCUGGAGCAAGCAAGUCAACUAAAUUACGCACAAAGACCCUCCGCAACACCCGGAAUCCUGCCUGGAAUGAGACACUGGUGUACCAUGGCCUGACAGAUGACGACAUGCAGCGCAAGACUCUCAGAAUUUCUGUUUGUGACGAGGACAAGUUUGGGCACAAUGAGUUUAUUGGGGAGACCAGAGUAGCUCUGAAAAAGCUCAAAAAUAACCAGAAAAAGAAUUUCAAUGUAUGUCUAGAGAGAGUGGUGCCGACAAAGAGAACAGCAACUGCUGGUGCUGCGAGAGGAAUAGCUCUUUAUGAGGAUGAGUCUGGUAAGGAUGGAGGUGAAGCGGAGGAGAGAGGUCGUAUCCUAAUCUCCCUAAUGUAUAACAGCCAGCAGAAUCGUCUCAUCGUGGGUGUAAUACGGUGUGUUCAUCUUGCAGCCAUGGAUGCUAAUGGCUACUCUGACCCCUUUGUUAAAAUAUGCCUAAAGCCAGAUAUGGGGAAGAAGGCUAAGAACAAGACCCAGAUUAAGAAGAAGACCCUAAACCCAGAGUUCAAUGAAGAAUUCAGCUAUGAAAUCAAACAUGCAGAGCUAGCCAAGAAGACUUUGGAUAUCUCUGUGUGGGAUUAUGAUAUUGGCAAAUGCAAUGAUUAUAUAGGGGGAUGCCAGUUGGGUAUCAGUGCCAAAGGGGAACGUCUGAAACAUUGGUAUGAGUGUCUCAAGAACAAAGACAAGAAGAUUGAACGCUGGCACACAUUGAUCAAUGAAAAUCAUGUCUCUAGUGAUUAAGGCUCAUGCCUUGAGUCUUUAUGCAUGCCUUAGAUGACUACUCUAAUCCUAGUUCUACCUUGUCAUUUUGUAACCCCUUCUUACCCUUUGUCCUUCACUAGACUAGAAUUUACAUAUUCUCUCAUACUUUUCACUGUAGGCAUUGUUCUAUCUAAAAUUGUCUCCUUACCUGCUUCCAACAUGGUGAAUGUUUGGAAAAAAGGCUUGAAUUCAGUUCAGUUUGCUUUAAGUCAAGAAAAAGUGCAUAAACAGCAUGCAGUGAGUAGACAUGCUCUUAGUUAGCUGCUGUAGCAUAGUAAAAUUUUCUUUGAUUUAUUUACAUUGGUCCACUGCUUUCAACAACUGUUGGAAUUGUAAACAUGUACCUAAAGGCACAUUUUCACAUCUUUGCACUCUCAGUCCCUUUUCCUAAAGUCACUGUUGGGCAAACACUGUUUACAUUUGCUGUUGGGCAUUGAUCAUUGUAUCUGUAUGUCUUGGUUAACUAUUGUGGUGGCUUGACACCCCAUGGCUUAAAGCAAAAUCAAGAACAUAUGCCUUUUCUUCAUUAAUUAAAAGCAUAAGAAAGGUUGCCUGGCAGAUUGUAAUCCUAAAAAUUUAAGUUCAGUGAAGCAGUCUAGACACAACACUACUUGUGUCAGCAUGAUGUUCCACAGAUCACUAAAUGCUGGUGCUUGAGCUCACAUCUCAAGAAAACCACAAAAGCCUGUAACCAUGCAGCAUAUAUUUUGCACAUUUAUUUGUUUCUUAUUACUAGCAGGUUAAAUAGGAGGUCCAAGUUUAAGGGGUUCAUGAAAAAGCCUCACUUGGAACAUUGGUUUUACAUUGAUGUGAUGCUGAUCUUUACACUUGACAAAUGGAAGGAGCUUUACGUGAUCGUCUGUGUGGAUGUUUAUUUAUGAUUAAUGUUAUGUGUUUAGAUAUUGAUCGAUACAGCUGCAUAAUGUAGGUCAUCCGGGUGUAGCCAUAAAGAGGACAAACUAUGCUGUUUGUGGUCUACUGAUAAAGACAUACUGUAUAUAUAUUAAUGUGAAUAAUUUCAAACAUGCAAAGCAUGUGGAUUUUGUUUUUAUUUCAGCUGUUCACAAAGUACAAAUACUUAGGUACAAAUAUUUAAGAAUGCAAUGGAUGUGCAAUCUGUUCUAGGUAUUAAUGUAAAUGUAAGCAAGGGCAUUUUCUAUCAUAACCACUUUUGUACUGAAUCCACACAAUUACACCAUGCUCUAGUCUUUCUGCUAUUUUUCAUCCUGUUACAGGGCACAAUUCCAUAAAGUUCUCUUGUUAGGAUAUACCACAUUUGCAUGAAAAGUGAGUACAGUUUCUGUCCCUGGGCUAUUAUACUCUAGGGGUGAUCCUUCUAUUUAUCCACAGUGUCUCUUGCACAGUUGCUCCUCUUAGGGAGUACAGACCUCUUUUCCAGACGAAUCAUCUGAAGCUUUGCCUUUGCCUUGUAGUUACAGCCCAGGCACCUGUGAAUAUUAAAGGAAAGCACACAUUACUAUACAAUGGAAUGACCUCGUAAUUUCGGGAUUUGUACACUUUGCAAGUUUUCAUUAUAAAAACCUAUG